GACGAACUCUCUGUUCCGCACAUUGUUUUUCUCACAACAUGAGCGUGAAAUUUGCACCUCAGAUGGUCUGAUGGUUAUCUGAAGCAGCCACUGACCUACAUAACAUAACAUAAAAACAUCAUAUGGGUGGAAAAGACCAUGCAUCGGAGUGAACAGUACUAUGCUUUUAGGUGUUGAAAAUUAUUGAUCUGCAGUCGGUUGAUUUAUUUUGUAAGCAGUGCAGAUGGUGAUGGACACGCGCUCUGCAGCAGCUGUGGUGUCAUCGCACUGCUGUCCUCUGUUGUGUGAUCGAUAGACUGUAGCGCACAAUAUCAGCCAGGAUAACCAACGGACUUUAUCCAAACACCCUGAAGGAUGGAGGAGCUGCUGCGGGCACAUUCACGGUUUUAGUCGCGGAAGCAGCGCCUCGCACGAGCCAAAUUGUGGGUUUUACGCAAACUGAAGCGCCAGCGGCGACGUCCGGAGAUGUAGGAGCAAUUUUUUUUGCGGAGAGAGCGAAAACCGGACUGAAGAAAUAAGCAAUUGCAUUUCUGAACUACUGGAUCCAAGUCAGCUUCAACGACAGAUUAAUUCAUCGCUCCGAAACUGCAAAUAACAAAAAACAUGUCAUUUGACGAAACAUGCGCCCGCUCUUUGUUAUUUGUUGGUACGGGGACACGAGGGUCGACAGGCCGCUGACUGUCACAAGAGGCAGCUGGUCAGUAGAACGGCGAAGGGCAUUUUUGAACACAGUAUUACCAGAAAUCAACUACGAGGAAUCAUGCUGUCCAUCAUAGCAGCAGGGUCUGUGUUUUUCCCAGGCCUUUUUCUGUUGUCCAAGCAGUGUCUCAGAUUCAUUCCUGGAAUAAGAUGGAAUGAGGGGGAUGCAGUCAUGGUUUCAGCCAGGUUGGUGUCAUCCAUCCAAGCUAUUAUGGCUUCUACAGCGGGUUACAUCAUCUCAACAUCCUGUGAGGACAUCAUUGAGGACCAACAUUGGCUGACCAGCUCCUACAUCUUAUUUGCUGUGCCGUACUUUGUGUACGAUAUCUACGCCAUGUUCCUGUGUUACUGGCACAAGCUCCAGGUCAAAGGGCACGAGGUGGACAACGGGUCCAAAUCUAAGGCUCUGGCAGUGUCUGGCUAUCUUCGCCGAGAGUUCCUCAUGGUCUUGCAUCAUGUUGUCAUGGUCACUGUGUGCUUCCCCGUCUCUGUGUUCUGGAGGCAGGGGAAAGGCGAUUAUUUCCAGGGUGUCAUGUUCCUGGCUGAACUCAGCACACCGUCUGUCUGUCUAGGCAAAAUCCUCAUCCAGUACAAGCAACAGCACAGACUUCUUCACAAAGUGAAUGGAGCUGUUAUGCUGAUAACUUUCUUCCUCUGUCGGGUCCUUCUCUUCCCCUAUCUCUACUUCGUUUACGGAAGGUACGCCUCUAUUCCUUUCUACCGGGUUCCUUUUGUAGUACCGUGGCAGUGUAAUCUGGGAGCAGCUCUUCUUAUGGCUCCGCAGCUCUACUGGUUUUCCCUGAUCUGCAGAGGGGCGUUCCGGCUGUUCACCGGCAGGUCUUCACGCUCCUGCAAGCCCAUAGCUCCGGUCAAGCCUGAUUCAGAAGGACAUGCACCAUUGCCUCAGGCAGCUAACGGAUACAACGCGGUGGGUCGGGAAACGCCCCCAAUUUCGCACUGAGGGGAGGAGCUUAUACCGUAUGAACAAGACUAAGCUAAAAACCGAAUGAAAAUGGAAACGAAUGCAAUGAUUAAUCGGAAAAAGAAAGAAAUAAACAGAGAUAGACUAGAUGCACUAAUGCCGUAACACAUUACAGCACAGCAUUACAUUUAGUUUACAGAGCAUGUGUAAUGUAUAUAAGACAUAUGCUUUUGUAGAUCAAGGAAUGCUGACAAUAAAUCUGUGCAAGUGUCUACACAAUAACCAGACGUGUGUCAAACCCACACAUUUGGGUAACCAAGGCAAUAAGUGCAAAUUUUAUGCGAGAACAUUUACCAACCCGGAGAAGCACUUUUUGUUCAAGGCACUUUGAUGUGGUUAUGAAAUGUCAGGAGCGGGGCCGACGUCUAGUGCCUGAGGUCUGUACUCUGCGUAUAUAUUGCGGUAUUGCUGCAGAUACAUAAUUUAAUGAUAAUUCCUCAAUUAUUUACAUAUAGCACUGGUCUGCAAUGAGCAACCCAAAACAUCAGGCAAUAUAAAGAUUUACCGUCUUUAGUGAAUUGAGGACAUUAUUGAGGAAAGUUUAUGCAGUUUAAAAGAAAUAGUUGACUGAGAAAAGAAGAUGUUGUAAUCGUAUCCUCUACUUUCAAACUUCAUACAGUUUUUUUAUUUAGUGAAACAUGAGAUGUGAUGUAGGGUGUCCCAGCUAUUGUCUUUUCUGUAUACUACCAAGCUCAAAAAAUAGAAAGGGUCGCAUCAGUGCUCCACAUGACUUUUGCACUGUAUUCAAAGUCAUAUCGAGCCAUAUGAUAGCUUUGUUUUAUGUGAAAUUUAAACCAUUAUUUACUAAUACUUUCCUCUUUAGCAUAUAUUAUUAAAAAUACAUUCACAAAUUAGAUUUCGGAGCAACACUAGAGAGGAAGAAUAAUAGUAAAUUAUUGGUUUUUUUAACAAAGCUAGGGUGGCAUAAGAUAACUUAAAGGGAUAGUUUACCCAAAAAAUUAAAAUUCAGUCAUCACUUACUUACCCUCAGUUUAUUCAAGGGAAGAUAUUUUGAUGUUUGUAAGGAAGCAGGAGCACCACUGACUUCCAUAGCAGGGGCGUAGCUAGAAUUUUAUUUUUGGGGGGUCCCAUCUUAAAAUGAGGGGGCAACUCUCUCUAUAUAGCAUAACACCUAUAUAAAUAAAACAGCUUAACACCUGCACACAUUUAAAACAGCAUAUUUACUUCACCGUUUCAGCAGAACAUGAAGUAGACUCCGAUGAUAUGGAUGGCAUAUCAUCCAUAUCAUCUGAUAUUCUUCUCGUUCAACUUUUUGUGCUUUUUUGAAAAACGUAAAAUUGUACUUUGCGCCCCAGCUGCCAUUGUCACCAAAUAAUAAUGAACUCUCAUGCAAAGAUGACAGCAUAAGUUACACACAACACCACGUGACAUGAGCUAAUCCCAGAGGUGGAAAAAGUACUAAAAUAUUGUACUCAAGUAAAAGUAAAGUUACUUUAAUAAUAUUUUACUUAAGUAAAAGUAAAGUUACUUGUCUAAAAAUCUACUCAAGUAAAAGUAAAAAGUAAGUCAUUUUAACUUUACUCAGAGUAAAAGUUACUUUUUUACAGCGGGAAGAGGUGGAGGAUUCUAGUAUAGUUCAAAAACGACAAUGGAAUAUACAUCUAAAACUAGUUGUUUUUAAUUGUAGGAACAUCUUUACAAUUAAAGUGCAAUAACAAAAAGUUAAUAAAAUAAAAAGCUUUUUUAAAGUAAGAAACAUUUAUGGAAUUGUUUAAUGAUUUUUACAUGUGAGUUAUGCACUUUUGAAGGUGGUCAGCAGCUAGUAAAUACAAUCACUAUAGUAAGGUUGUAAUUGAUGUAUUGCUGGUAACAUACAUUAUUUUAUUAAACUAUAUCUAGUUUAAAUGAGCAUAUAAUGAGAUGAGUGCCAUGUCUAUAUACAUUUGACACGUUUAUUAUCUUCUUACUUCCCUGACCUGGGUACCUGAUGACCUUUAUUCUUCUCUCUCUCUCUCUCUCUCUCUCUCUCUCUCUCUCUCUCUCUCUCUCUCUCUCUCUCUCUCGCUCUCUCUCUCUGCAAUGUCUAAUGACCUGCACAUUCUCGAGGACGUUUUGAAGUUGUGUUUGACUUGACGCGAAGCUGCUAGACCUCGGAAGAUAAUGCGCAUAUUAAAAACGUGUCGUGCAAUUUCGUACUUAAGAGCAUGAAUCCUACCUUUCAUAGAAAUGAAACACUCGCUUCGCGUCAGUGGAAAGUGGUCGCUUAAAUAUGACCAGGGGUUUCUUUCAUAAGAUUUGAACUGAGGCGGGCUGCAUUAGCGUGCACCUGUCUUGUCCGUCUCCAUGGUUCUUUUUGCGUGUUCCCCCGGGCCCCGCCCAUUUACAUCCGUUGCGCGUCUUUAUCACCUUGCUUUUUAAAAUAUUUUUUUACUCAGUAACGGAUAUGAUUUAAAAUGUAGCGAAGUACAAUACUUUAAAUAAAACAUACUUAAGUAAAAGUAAAAGUACAGAUUUUAAAAACUACUCAAAAAAGUAAAAAUACACAAAAAAACUACUCAAUUACAGUAACGUGAGUAAAUGUAAUUCGUUACUUUCCACCUCUGGCUAAUCCUAUCAAGUUUGAAAACAGCUGUCAAACAGACUAAGAAAUCAACAUUUUCUUAUUUUUUUUUAAGCAAUUGGAAAUCUGAGGGGAUGGACAUGUAAAUGAGGGGGCCAAGGACCACCCAAGCCCCCUCUUGGCUACGCCCCUGUAAUCCAUAGUAGGAAAAAAACUGCUCCAAAACCGUUUGGUUAGAAAAAUUGCUUAAAAUAUCUGUUUUGCAGUACACAGAAAUUUAUACAGAUUUGGGACAAAUUGUUACCGAGCCCCUAAGGUGACAUUGGAGUAAAAAAAAUCUAAAGUUUAGUUUCCUGUGUUCACGGAAACUUUCAUGUGCUCACGCGAAACCUUCAUGUGCAGAAUUAUUUUUUAAGUUUAGUUUUGCGCGUGCACGUAAAACUAUAGUGUGCACACAUAAAACUUUCGCUUUCAUGUGAGCACGCAAAACUAAACUUUAUUUAAUUUUUGCUCCAUGUCCCCUUAGGGGCUACGUAAAUUGUGGGUGAGUAAAUGAUGACAGAAUUUUCAUUUUUGGGUGAACUAUCCCUUUAAUACAGUAAAAUGGAUUUGCAUGUUUUGUUAUUAUUUGGAGGUUGGCAGUAUAAAGUAUUAUUCAUUUGUAGUGUCUAAUAUCACUACAGGUAAAAGAGAGACAUGCAGGGUCAACUGAUGACAAAAUGUUCAUUUUUUUGUGAACUAUUCUUUUAACCAAGCUAAUUCAUGAAGGGCCUCCCUUGAUCAAAUAUGAAUAAAAUGUUAUUAGAUCCUGUCAAAUAUAUAAACAGGGUUUUGGAAUGUAUUCUUUUGUAUAUUAACUAUACAUGGUUUGCUCAGUCUCAGAAAACAGAGCGAUAUAUGUAAUGCAAAGUAGCUACACUGAAUGUUAGACCUGUAAUCCACAAUAAUCCACAACAAAAUGGCUUUAAAGGUGCAUUGUGUGACUUUUAGAAGGAUAUCGACAGAAAUGCAAUAUAAUCUACAUAACUAUAUUAUCAGUGGUGUAUAAAGACCUUACAUAAUGAACUGUAUUGUUUUUAUUACCUUAGAAUGAGCUGUUUUUAUCUACAUACACCGCGGGUAUCCUUACAUAGAAGGCGCUUUUUAGCGCUGAACGCAUUUUCUUACUUCGUUGUCUCAGCGGCAUGUUUGUCCUGUGGCGGUACCGUAGCUUCUCUAUGCGUUUCAAAAGAGGGGGGCGAGCUGUGGACCGAGCCGUUGGUCACAGUCUCACCGCUAGAUGUCGCUAAAAAUCUACACAGUGAACCUUUAAGUCACAACUCUGAAUGGCUUUUACCACAAAACAUUGUUUAAGAUAUGCCGUUUACUCAACAGUAUUCCUAGUAUAACCUCUUGAGCCCUACCCUGCAUAUGUUUUAAAUGGGCAUUUUAAAGGGAUUCAAUUAUAUUAAGCUGCCUUAUCCUUAUAAUGUAUCUUUACUUUUGUCCAGAGAUGGAUUUCCUUUACAUAAACCUAAUCCAGAUAUAACUGUACAUGAACAAUGUGAAAUUUAUUUGCACUUUAUUCAUUGUCAUUUUUUUCUGUCAUUGAUUUGUCGCUGGUAUUUGUUUCUUAUGAUUAUUUAUUGUGGUAACAUUGACUUUAUUAUUAUUGUUGGUCAUCUAGCCGGCCAGCUUUAAUUUAUUUUUGUUAGUUAGUCAUUAAAUCUCUGUUUAGCCAUAAAACUUGUUUUCCCACAACAGGUUUUAUUUAUAAAACAGCCUUUAAACACCUGCAAGUUUCACUGUGCCAUUUAGCCUAUAAAACAUGAAUAACUUUGCAAAGAAUCUGCCACAAGGCCUGUUUUUGGAAGCUUUAAAGGGACAGUUUCCUAGACAGGGUUUAGCCAAGACUUAGUUAUAUUAGGACAUUUGAGUAGUUUUUAUAAAUAUGAAUUACAAAAAAAACAUUACUGGUGUGCAAAACGAUGCACUGAUAUAUUUUAAGAUAUGUCAGUGCAAGCUGUUUUCAGUUAAGGCAGCUCAAACAUGCAUUUUAGUCCUGGACUAGACUUAAGCCUGAUCUGUGAAACUGCCCCUAAAUGACUGUAUGCCGAUUUGAAACUGAGAAACAUACAGGUGCAAAAAGUCCAUUGCACUGAAUCUGGGACAUGACUUUGCAUGUUUAUAUUUCAUCUUUGUCCCUUGUGAACCUUAUACUGUACCGGACCACAUGCUCACAUAUUGAGCACCAAACUAUUUAAUCUGCUUCUGAUGGCUUUCUUUGAAAGAUUUGUUUUAGUUGGUUGAAUUUUUGUUGUCUUGUUUUUACAUAUGUGAACCUGUUUAACCUGUUAACAUUAAGUACAAAAUGAACGCACUGUUGUAAUUCAGUCUCAUUGCAAAAUAUAUACUCUUGUCUCAUG